AUGUCGACUUUCAACGCCGAAACCGCCGAUAACCUGGAAGAUAUUGAGAAGCAAUUUGCAGUGGUAGCCGUUGAACAAGCGGAGACUUACUGGAACCUCAUCACCAAGAUCCCAGGCUCUAAACUUAGACUAACAAAAUUCGAUGAUGAGAUCUACGAAAAAUUCAUGGAACAUUUCCCAGAGUACCAAGAUGUCGAGAAACUGAGAAAAUUUUCGGAAGACGAGCUCAAGACCAAAGAAGCCAAAGAGAAAUGGAGGAAAUUUAUAGCUCUUUUCGAGAAAAAGAUUGACGACUUUAACUUUGGAACUCUACUUAGAACCGACGCAACCCAGGAGUAUGGCCAGUUCAGCACAUGCUUCGUUGUCAGAAUUCAAUUCUACGCAUUUGAAAUUGCGAGAAAUAAGCAUGGCUUGAACGACUGGGCUGUCGGCCACCAGUAA